AUGAGUGAUAAGAAUUGUUUUGAGCCAAUUUGUGAAAAGGAAGACAUUCUCAAUUUCAAAUCCAAGAAGCGAUCUAAGCUCUAAUUCGAAGAGGAAUAACCGUCUCAGGAAUGUCCACUCAACAGGAGUACAUAUGGCAAUUAUACUUGGAACAUGUUGCAUACUACAGCCAUCUAUUAUCCAGAUGAGCCUACUCAGGAGUAACAAUAGAAGAUGAGAAAUUUAUUUGAUGCCAUUGCUGAGUUCUAUGCUUGUAAACAUUGUAAGGCUCAUUUCCAACAGGACAUUUUGAAAAAUCCUCCUAUAGUGACAUCUAGGAAGGAUCUGUCAAUUUGGUUGUGUUAGAGACACAAUGACGUGAAUUAAUUGCUUGGCAAAGCUGUGUUUGAUUGCAGUUUUGAGAACUUGGAGAGGAGAUGGAGAACGGGAUGUUAGUGA